AUGAGCGACUCAACUGAAGAUAUUAGUUCUUGGACAAAGUCUGAUGUGACGAAUUUUUCCACCAGUAAAGAUGCGUCAAAAAGACGUUCAAUCACUUCUGGCUCUACAUCUUUUGCACGUCAACCUUUAAGACCAAUAGUUUUGUCCAAAGGUUGGAAGAUUGGAAAGGGAAGUGCUGGUCAGGUGGCUUCAUUUCUAAUUAAAACUCUUGCAUUAGAGACCUUGCGGAGGUUCUCAAAUGCGAGGUGUCCAUUCCUCUGGACUGGGCUGCAAGCUUUGCAAGUUCUUUGUUAUCCCCCAUUAAAGUGGCUUCAGUGCUGGAAUCCUUUUGGAUUUGUAAUUAAAGGAAUGCAGAUGUUAUCUCAACCGUUAUUGGUGCUCUCUAUUGGGGCUGCUAUUUCUAAUCAUUCAGAUUACAGCAAUUUUGUCCUAGAUGGCACUGAAAAUUCUCAAAACACCAAUGAUUUACAAGCAGAACCUCGAUUAGAAUCCACAUCUGAAGAGAGUGAUGACAACAUGAGGGCUGGUGAUGAAAAUCCUGAAAACAACUGGCUAUGCCAUGUUCAUAAAGAGCUAGAAAAUCAGGGAAUUACUUUGCCAGAAAGAAUUAACAAAGGUGAUCUCCAGAGAUUUUAUAUUGCUGCAAAUGGUGAUUUAUCGAGUUUAAUAUUAUCAAUAAAAAAAACAAUACGUUGGAGAGAGACCUACAGAAUUCUCUCUGGAGUAGAACUUGAGAUGUGGUCACAUAUGGUCUUCUGGCAUGGAUUUGAUGUGAAGCAUCGCCCGUGCCUUAUCAUCCGUCUUGGCAUGGCUUCCACCAGCUUGUCGUCUCAUGAUAGACCACGCUUUGUUCAGGCAGUGGUAUCUCAGGUGGAGCAUGGGGUGCUGCAUUUGGUGGAUGGAAAAAAUCCUCAAAUUACUGUUUUAUUGGACUGUCACGGUUCGUCGCCUCUGAGAUUUCCUAUGCAAAUGCUAAGAUACUGCUCUAAUCUGUUGCAAGAUAACUUCCCAAAUCUUCUUGGCUGUUUGUUUAUUAUACGGCUUCAACCGGUUGUUCGUGUACUAGCUCAAACAUUUAUUCAAGUUCUCAAACCUGCCACAAAGGAAAAACUGAGAAUUGAAGGAGAGACGUACCUGGAGGUUCUUUCUGAGUGUUUACAGACGCUCCCAUCAUACCUUGGAGGACAAUGCACAUGCACAAGAUGUGCUAACCCUAGAAUGGAGAUUGUACAACAAUCUUCUGAUGUUGAGCCAAACACAGCAGAGUCUGCUGCUGAUACUAGUAGUACAGAGGAUUUUCCAUCAUUGCCUCCAAGCUAUCCAGAUGAUAUAUCGGUUGAUAACUGCAUGCAGGAUUUUAUUUUAGUGUCCCCCCCCCCCCAACAAAGCCUUGGUACCUAUCAAACUGGUGUUUAUAUGAAUAAUAUCUGUGUGAGCCAUAGUGAUUUGUUGUAUUUAAAUGGAAAACUGCAGUUCAUUGAAAAGUUUGGCAUGCAUAUUAUUGUUGGUAUAAAGAUGGGUGGGAAGGAUGUGGUAUUUAUGAAACAACAGCACUCUUCUUCACUUCGACAGGUGGAUGUGCAGCAAAUAUUGAUAAUGAUGGCUGAUAAAAGGUUCUAUAAGCAAAUGAACAAUAAGGAAUGGAUACAGAGCAAGUAUUAA